CAGAAAACAGGAAGUGGGGGAGAGAAGAGAGAGGGGGAAGAGAGUGGGGCUGUCAAAAAGAACUUUAAGCACCAUAUUACUCAUUUACCUAGUAAAACCCUUGUUAAGUGAGGUCUUCGGUGAACGGAUAGGUUUUUUUUGGAAUUGAAGCUUAUUACGUAUUGAACAGUAGCUUAGAUCAAGAGUGAUGCUAAUUUACAUCCUCUUGCUAUACCCAAUAUCGUCUGCCAUUGUAAGGUAAUGGCUCACUGACAACCUUAAAAUUGCGACAGAUCUGCAUAUUUUUAACACCCCUCUCUAGAAAGUGGAACAUGGAACCUGUGGAUUCUAGAGUCCCUACGACUUAUCGGUAUGAAGAGGAACGAAAUAGCUGGACUGAUGACUACAUUAACUUGGGACAGCUGUGCAGGAUCUGUGGAGCCCCCAGUGAUUUUCUGAUGCCUAUAUUUGAUGGUGAAAGCCACGAUCGUCUUGACCUCAAGAUUCACAUGCAUCUUCCCAUACAGGUUGAUAGGAAUGAUAUUUUGCCGGUGCAAUCCUGUUUCAACUGUGUCACAACAAUUCAGUCAUGGCACAACCUAUUUCUGGCAUGCCAAGAGGCAGAUCUCAAAUUUCAGACCAUGCUUGGCACUAAAAAUCAGGUACCAAACAGGCACAGCUCAGUCCUCAUCUCACCAAACUCUGCUCACGCACAUUCCUUACCCAGCCAUCAUGCUACUUUGACUUUCCCAAAAAUUUCACAAAACCCACCGUACUUGGAGGUCACUACUACUAUACCUCAUGCUCAUUUAGAUCAAUCAACUUCAACUUCGUGCAUUCAGGAACUGCAGCCAUCAACAGAACUGUUGAAUGGGAUGCGUCACUACUCUUUGCCUCAAGAGGAGACAUUUGAACAAACAUUUAAUAGUUCGAUCAGUUCAGGCUUAGCAUCUAGUGUUCCAACAGAAUUCACCAAUAAUGUGAUUUCUCACAUUGUACAUGAGAAAUUUUCAUCUUCCCCCAUACAUACACACAGUGAACAGCAUGUUGCGCAUGUGAGCACACAGACAGAGAAUGAUGGUGAUGACAAGUCCUCCCAGGAUGAGACAAAGUUCAACAGCAAGAAGAGUGUCAUUGGUAAAAAGAUAUUCAGACAAGGUUCUACUCUCAAAGGAAAGAAAGAUGCAUCAUUUGACAUGGAUUCAGGAAGGCCUCCGCCUUUACCAGCUGAGAGAGAAAACUCCAUCUCAGAAGCUCCACACCGAGUAUCUGCCAUUCAAUCAGUUGGUAGCAGAAAUGACACCACAUACCAAGAAACAAAUUGCACCAGGUUAAAAAGUGUGUUAGUAAGGAAUGAAUCCGUACGGCCAUCUGUAUUAUCAUCAGACAACACAGAUAGGCCUCAUUUAGUAAAUUCUAAAAUAGAAAUUGUAGAAUCUGGAGUUAUUAGAGAACAUCGACAUUCAGAAGUAUUAAAAGAACCUAGUAAAAGCACUAUGGUAUCAGUCCUUCGUCCAACAUGUCUCAGAAGAGCUCCAACUAAAAUUGGUGUUAUUGAAACUACCUUCAAAGAGCCUGAGAUUCAAGUAGGUGUCAAGGAUAUUAAUCAAUGUGCAGCAACAUCAUAUCCAAUGGAAGAAAGGGACUACUAUGAUUCAGCACCUUGUCAUGGAGAUGAUUUUGAAGAUGUGCAUCCUGAGUUUCUGGAUCCACCAUCUUUGAGCACUCUGGAAGAACAAAACAAAAUUGGAGAUCCAUCUCAAGUUUGUUUUCACUGCAAGAAGUUCAUUGCCAAUCCAAUUUUGCUGCUUUCUCAUGAAAAAUCUCAUAUGUCUGAUUCAAAUCCGCCGACAACAUUCAUUUGCAAAUUUUGUUCAAUACCUGAAGUUUCAAUCAGCAGCCUACAUUCGCAUUACGCUUCACAUGAAACUGAAGUUGAGAGACUGCAAAGAAAUCAGAGUAAUAGAAAAGCCCAUCUUUGUAAGCAAUGUGGGAUUAUGUGCACUACAGAAGAACGUUUAUCUAUGCAUCAACGAUUGCAUGCAGAAGGAGUAGAGCCUUUCAGGCAUGAAUGUAAAACUUGUGGACAGCAGUUCAAUACUAGAAGCAAGUUGAGUGUGCACCUUUGGAGUCAUGCAUUAAAGCCAUCAUUAAAAACUUUUAAGUGUCACAUUUGUGGCAAAGGCUUUGUGACAAAAUCUGCAGUUAUGGAGCACCGCUUAAAACAUACAGACGAGGAGAGAUCUCGAGCUUUUAAAUGUGUGAUUUGUGGUAUGGCAUUUGGAAAUAAUACUCUCUUAGGGAAGCAUCGGUCAACUCAUUCUGAGGAAGAACUGGCAAGGCCUUUCCAAUGCACCUUUUGUGGUAAAUCAUUUGCCAGAAACCACACCCUCCAAAUUCAUCACCUGUCUCAUACUAAUGUGAAAAGUCAUGUGUGCAAUCAAUGUGGAAAAUGUUUCAAAAUGAGAAACUCAUUGAUUCAGCAUAUGAGAACUCAUCAAGAUCCAAGUUGUCUGCCAACAUACCCUUGUCAAUUAUGUGGUAAAAUUUUUAAAAUCAAGUCAAGACUUCGAGAUCAUCUCAGACUUCACAAUGGCGACAAACCUUACAAGUGCAGUACUUGUGGAAAAUGUUUCCACAAGAUAACUGCUUUGCACACUCAUGAAGUGAGUCAUACUGAAAGAAGACCAUAUAUGUGUGAUAUUUGCGGCAAGGCAUUUAAGUGGAGUAAGAAUCUCCGCCAGCAUACUUUUGUGCACAUUAGUACAGGCAAAUCUUCAGAGAAAACUCCUUGUUCUUCAGAGAAAACUCCUUGCUCUUCAGAGAAAACUCCUUGUUCUUCAGAGAAUACAGUUAAGUUGAAGCCAAGCCAGCAACCUUGCCAAUGUGAAAUAUGUGGAAAACAGCUGUCCACUAAAAGUAGUUUGCGACAGCACAUGGCUAACAUUCACAGUGAUGGAGAAGGCAAACAAAUUAAGUCAACAAUUUGUUCCAUUUGCGGGAAAGUGCUGUCUAAUGCAGGGGGUCUUUUAAGACACAUGAAAAUAACUCAUGGAGGUGUGAAGGCUUUCAAAUGUGACAUUUGCGACAAAGAAUAUUCCACAAAGGUUGCUCGUGAUGACCAUAGGCGGUCACACACAGGAGAGCGUCCUUAUACAUGCAGCAUUUGCAACAAAUCAUUUACAUCCCUUUCGAAUCUUCAUAUUCAUCGAUUGAUUCAUAGUGAAGACCGCCCCCACAAAUGUACCUAUUGUGAUAAGCAGUUUAAACGACGCGCACAUCUUGUACCACAUCUUCGCACUCACACUGGAGAAAAACCAUAUGUAUGCAACAUUUGUUCUCGGGGCUUUGCACAAAGCAAUGAUCUGCACAAACAUCGUCUAACACAUUCAAAUGACAAGGCAUAUGCAUGUCACUGUGGUGUGGCCUUCCGGGUUAAACGGGAUCUAACUCGGCAUCAAGCUAAGCAUCAUCCAGCCGGUUCAUUGCAAUCUGCUCCAUCACAAAAUGCACUACUUUCUUCUGGCGCCAUCUCGGAAACACAUGCACCCAGAGAACAACUUAUUUUACUUACAGGGCAGCAUUCUUCAGUGGCCUCAGUGUCAACUGUGCCAGAGUAUAAUGUGCCUGUUGAAACAUAUGGCAACUUUGUUGCUACUCCCUCAGUGGUUGUACUGAACACUGGAGUACUAGCAUCUAGAAAUUAAUAUUGAAAAGUUGACUGACAAAAUCUGUGAUUUGUGAACUUUGUGAUAUUGCAUGGUAAAACAUAAUAAUAAACACUUGAGACCAAUAUAGUAGAAA